CGUGCGGAGCUGCCGCGGGCCCGGCGCCGGCUGGAAGGGGCGGCCGUGCCCCGAUGCCCCGGCCCGGCCAUGGGGGACGUGAAGAACUUCCUGUACGCCUGGUGCGGCCGGAGGAGGGUGAUGCCGGCCUACGAGAUCCGCGCCGCCGGCGGCCGCGGCCGGCAGACCUUCCUCUGCGAGGUCCGAGUGGAAGGCUUCAACUAUGUUGGCAUGGGCAACUCCACCAACAAGAAGGAUGCUCAGAGCAACGCUGCCCGAGACUUCAUCAACUACUUGGUGCGGGUGAAUGAAAUGAGGAAGGAUGAAAUCCCUGCUUUUGCACCAGCAGCAGGUGAUAUCCUCACUGGAGGACAGGAAGCAGCAAGAGAUGUCACUGGUUCCAGUUCAGCUGUGGGGGGACCUCUUCCUCCACAUUUGCUAUUAAAAAGUGAUGUAGGCAAUGGACCAGGUGCAGCACCUGAAAACUGUGUCAGUCAUGGAGCUCAGUGGGAUCGGGGUGCAAACUUGCAAGAUUAUUAUUCCAGAAAAGAGGAGCAAGAAGGGCAGCAGACCUCAGAGUCAGAAGUGGACUUAAAUGCAGAUCUUCACGGGGGUUGGACCUUGGAAAAUGCCAAGGCACGUCUGAACCAGUUUUUCCAAAAGGAGAAGAUCCAGGAAGAAUAUAAAUACACUGAAAUGGGGCCUGAUCACAACAGGAGCUUUAAUGCAGAAAUGAAUAUUUAUGUGAGGCAGCUGGGCAGAAGGAUUUUCAGUCGUGAGCACGGAUCAAACAAAAAGCUGGCAGCACAGUCCUGUGCCCUUUCCCUGGUCAGACAGCUCUACCAUCUUGGUGUCAUUGAGCCUUACUCUGGGCAGAAGAAGAAAGGAGAAUCGUUGGAACCCUAUGAGGUGUCGCUGUCUCCUGACUUAGAAAAUAAUCUGCAAAAGACUGUACGGGAGCUGUCCCUGGAGAUCGUGCCUGUGCCUGAAGAUCCCAGUAACCCAGUUCUGAUCAACGUUGGGAAGUUGGCCCAUUUCGAACCAUCACAGAGACAAAGUCACAUGGGAGUUGUUCCCUGGUCACCACCUCAUUCCAACUGGAACCCUUGGACUGGCUGCAAUAUUGAUGAGGGUCCACUGGCAAAUCUCACUCCGGAGCAAAUCAGCGCGGAGCUGAGAAGUGAUUUCAUGUACCGCCUGGAGCAGGAUCAGCAAUUGCAGAGGAUCCAAGAAGAGAGAGAGGCUUUACCUCUGAAGAAUUUUGAAAGUGAAAUUCUGGAGGCAGUCCGUCACAAUUCUGUUGUUGUCAUCCGUGGUGCCACUGGUUGUGGCAAAACCACUCAAGUGCCCCAGUACAUCCUGGAUGAGUACAUCAGAACCAACCGAGCUGCUGAGUGCAACAUCGUGGUGACACAGCCGCGGCGGAUCAGCGCGGUUUCCGUAGCGGAGCGUGUGUCCUACGAGAGGGGGGAAGAGCCCGGCCAGAGCUGCGGGUACAGCGUGCGCUUCGAGUCUGUGCUCCCUCGGCCCCACGCCAGCAUCCUGUUCUGCACUGUGGGUGUUCUUCUGAGAAAGGUGGAGACUGGGAUCCGUGGCAUUAGUCAUGUUAUUGUUGAUGAGAUCCAUGAGAGAGACAUUAAUACUGACUUCCUUUUGGUGGUGCUGAGGGAUGUUGUUCAGGUGUAUCCUGAGAUCAGGGUUGUCCUCAUGUCUGCCACCAUUGAUACCAGUAUGUUUUGUGAAUACUUCUUCAACUGUCCCAUCAUCGAGGUCUAUGGCAGAACCUUUCCUGUCCAAGAUUAUUUUCUGGAAGAUUGUAUUCAAAUGACUCAGUUUGUCCCUCCACCCAAGGAAAAGAAGAAGAAAGAGAAGGAUGAAGAAAGUGGUGAAGAUGAUGAUGCCAACUGCAACCUUAUUUGCAGCGAUGAAUAUGGCCCAGAAACAAAGCACUCCAUGGCUCAGCUGAAUGAGAGAGAAACCUCUUUUGAACUGAUUGAGGCUCUGCUGAUUUAUAUCAGGACUCUGAAUGUCCCAGGAGCUGUCCUUGUUUUCUUGCCUGGCUGGAACUUAAUCUAUACCAUGCAGAAGCAUCUAGAAAUGAACCCACGCUUUGGAGGCCACCAGUACAGGAUUUUACCUCUGCAUUCCCAGGUUCCUCUGGAUGAGCAGCGUCGGGUGUUUGAUCCUGUGCCUCCUGGGGUGACCAAAGUUAUUUUAUCUACCAGUAUUGCCGAGACCAGCAUUACCAUCAAUGACGUGGUCUUUGUCAUCGACUCUUGCAAGCAAAAAGUGAAGCUGUUCACUGCUCACAACAACAUGACAAACUAUGCCACGGUCUGGGCAUCAAAAACCAAUCUGGAGCAGCGGAAGGGCAGAGCUGGGCGCGUGCGAGCCGGCUUCUGCUUCCAUUUGUGCAGCAGAGCUCGCUUCGAGAGACUCCAGACUCACAUGACACCCGAGAUGUUUCGAACGCCCCUCCACGAGAUCGCUCUGAGCAUCAAGCUGCUGCGCCUGGGAGGCAUCGGGCAGUUCCUGGCCAAGGCCAUCGAGCCGCCCCCUCUGGACGCGGUCAUCGAGGCAGAGCGCACGCUCAGAGAGCUUGAUGCCCUGGAUUCCAAUGAUGAGUUGACACCUCUUGGAAGAAUCCUGGCCAAACUUCCCAUUGAACCUCGUCUGGGCAAGAUGAUGAUAAUGGGCUGUAUUUUUUAUGUGGGAGAUGCUGUGUGUACCAUCUCUGCAGCCACCUGUUUCCCUGAGCCUUUCAUCAGCGAAGGCAAGCGCCUGGGUUAUGUCCAUAGGAAUUUUGCUGGGACCAGGCAUUCCGAUCACGUAGCUUUGCUCUCUGUCUUCCAAGCCUGGGAUGAUGCAAGAAUGGGUGGUGAAGAAGCAGAGAAAAGAUUUUGUGAACACAAGAGACUCAGCAUGGCCACUCUUAGAAUGACUUGGGAAGCAAAAGUCCAGCUAAAAGACAUACUCAUUAGUUCUGGCUUUCCUGAAGAAUGUUUGAUGACUCAACCAUUUAACAACACUGGCCCUGAUAACAACCUGGAUGUUGUCAUCUCCCUGCUGGCUUUUGGGGUCUACCCCAAUGUCUGCUACCACAAGGAGAAGAGGAAGAUUCUUACCACUGAGGGGCACAACGCUCUCAUCCACAAAUCAUCUGUCAACUGCCCUUUCAGCAGCCAGGACAUCAAGUAUCCAUCACCCUUCUUCGUUUUUGGAGAGAAGAUUCGAACACGAGCCAUCUCUGCCAAAACCAUGACCUUGGUGAGCCCACUGCAGCUGCUCCUCUUUGCUUCCAAGAAAGUCAUGUCAGAUGGGGAGCUCAUUCUGGUGGAUGACUGGAUCAAGCUGAGGAUGCCGCACGUGGCGGCCGCCUGCAUCGUGGCUCUGCGCGCCGCCGUGGAGGCGCUGGUGGUGGAGGUGACCAAGGAGCCGGGCAUCGUCCGGCAGCUGGACCCCGCCCACGAGCGCAUGCUGAGCGUCAUCCGGCAGCUGUCCCGGCCCGCGGCCGCGGGCCUGGCACUCACGGCCGCCAGCACCAGGUUCGGGGACGGCCCCCGCCCGCCCAAGAUGGCUCGCUAUGACAACGGCGCCGGCCCCCGGGGCUGGGGAGGGUACGGCCAUGGCUCCGGCCCCAGGGGCAGAGGCUACGGCGGCUACUCCGGCUGGCACCCGGCGGGACGAGGAUACCCAGGCGCUCCUGGGGGAGCCUACGGAGCUGGGGGCGGCUGCCGAGGAGGAGGAGGGUACCGAGGAGCAGGCAGGGGCUACCGAGGAGGCUACCGGGGAGCGUGGUAGUGAUAGUUCAGCCGAGUCUUUCCACUUCAGCAAAGGUGUGUUUCCGUCCCAAAUUCCUUUUUUCCUCUUCCCAGUUUGUAUGCCUUUUUUGGUUCCUUAGUACAAGUACAGCUCUGUAAUAUAUCAUGCCCUUAGGGAAUUCCCUGCAAGUUGUAUUAUUUUUAAUAAAGAGUUUGUUUCUGAAGACUUGC